AUGGCUGCACAAAAUUUUACAGAUUUUGCUACCAACUCUGCUAAUCCUCAUUACCUGCAUCCGAACGAGAAUCCGACUCUUGUUCUCGUUUCUUCACCGCUCGAUGACAAAAAUUACCACACCUGGUCUCGUUCAAUGCAAAUCGCGUUGAUCUCCAAGAACAAGGACAAAUUCAUCGACGGUACUCUUCCCAAACCCCCUGUUUCAGACGUUCUUUAUGCGUCGUGGAUCCGUUGCAACACGAUGGUUCUUGCGUGGAUACAACGCUCAAUCUCUGCACCAAUUGCACGAUCGGUUCUAUGGAUUGACACAGCUGCGGUGUGUGGAAGAAUCUGCAGGGAUCAAGACUAUGUGAUUCGAUUCCUUAAAGGUUUGAAUGAGAAAUUCACUCAUUCCAAGAGCCAAAUCAUGAUGAUGAAUCCGUUACCUGAUAUUGAUAAAACCUUUUCUUUGGUAAUUCAGCAAGAAAGAGAAAUGAAUCAUGCUAAUUCUGCAGUUCUUCCUAGUGUUGGAAAUAAUGAAGAGAGUAUAGCCUUGAGUGUAUCUCAUGAUGCUCAGCUAAACAAAUUCAAUUCAUAUAGAGGAAAAUAUCAGGGUGCAGCUGGUUCAAGAGGUCAAAAUCGUGUCUGUACUCACUGUAGGAGAAAUAACCAUACCAUUGAUACUUGUUUCAUUAAGCAUGGGUAUCCACCAAGCUUCAAACACAAGAUCAAAGGCAAUGGGUUCAGUUCUCAACAGUCUGCAAUAGCCAACAAUGCAUCAGAGACACCUGCAUCAGGUUCAAGUUCCACCAAUUCCUCUUAUGGCUUGACUCAAGAGCAAUACAACAACAUUUUGGCACUGCUUCAACAUUCAAAACCUGUUUCCACAGCCAAUUCAGUGUCUACAUCUCCUCUUGUGCUAAAUUCUUUGUCUUCCAAUGCCAAUGAGAAAGAUUUUGAUACUUAA